UGAGUGAAGCUCUGGAAGGGAUUGAUUCACUGUUUUGCAUUGAUUGUUGAGGGUGAUCCUUUAUUUCCAGUAGCGUAUUUCUUGUUGCAUGCGGUUUAUUUAAAUUGCUUUUAUCCAGCAGUGCUUAUACCUGAGGAUACGCAACAUUGGCGUGUUUUUUGUUGUUGUUGUUGCCCGGACCAUUGCGGGGAGGAGGCUUCGAAACCGGGAGGAGUACAGCUUUUCAAUCUAAAAUCAAUUAAAACCACCGAAUAGUUCAAACAAGCCUUAUUAGAGGCAUCCAUCAAAAGUAGAGCCCUUUCUGUCAUGAGCUCUCCUGCCUCAGAUCCAUCUCUCCUUCCCAUUCCCGCUGAACCCAGGGCCGGCUGAUCCACCGUCAUGAGCCUCCAACCGCGGAGGAUCCGCCUGAAGCCGUGGCUCAUCGCCCAGGUCAACAGCAGAAAGUACCCAGGCCUGCAGUGGCUUGGGCUGGAGCAGAAGCUCUUCCAGAUCCCCUGGCGUCAUGCCACCCGCCACCUGCCUACAGCCGAGGAGGAAAACACCAUCUUCAAGGCCUGGGCUCUUGAGACAGGGAAGUACCAAGAGGGGGUGGACGAGCCCGACCCAGCCAAAUGGAAAGCCAAUCUGCGGUGCGCCCUCAACAAGAGCCGUGAGUUCAAGCUGAAGUAUGACGGCACCAAAGAGACACCCGUACAGCCCUACAAGAUAUACGAGGUGUGCGACCAACCAAUUACAGGAGAUGGAGGCGAUGAAGACGAUGAAGAUGAAGAACUUCCAAACAUUGUUGAACUAUCUAUUGACAAUCGAAUCACAGAGGCUUCCAGCUACUCAACACUGCAUGCACUUAACAAUGAAGUACCCUUCAUCCCGUCCCCAGUGACUGAUGGCUACGUCCCGGGCCACCUCCCGAUGAUGCCGGUCCCCAGCCACCCCAAUGGGGACAUCUCCAUGGUAGCCGUCGCACCAUCCGCCAUGGCCCUACCGGAGUAUCCGUGCCACGUUCCAAUAGCGGCGGACCCGAGGCAGGGCAGGUUCAUGCACGGUGGCAGAGGAGGCAGUGGCAUCGCUCAGAGACAAACGGACGUACCUGUGACUUCGCUCCCAGUGACCAUUGAGGACAGCCCCAUGCCGGAGGUGCCGCAGGGGCAGCCCUGCAUUUACGACCUGCUAAGCAGCCCCCACAUGCUGCCCCUGACUGACCUGGACAUCAAGUUCCAGUACCGAGGCAGAACAGCCGGCUCGCUGACCGUGAGCAAUCCCCAGGGCUGUCGGCUGUACUACGGAAACCUGGAGGCCACUCCGGAGCAGGUGGACCUAUUUGGGCCAGUCACUCUGCACCAGGUUCGGUUCCCCAUCGCUGCCGAGAUCCCUAAUGAGAAGCAGCGCUUCUACACGGAGCAUCUGUUAGACGUGAUGGACCGUGGCCUCAUCCUGGAGAUCCAUGGGCAGGACAUCUACGCCGUCCGCCUUUGUCAGUGCAAGGUGUUCUGGUCAGGGCCGGGAGUGCCGGAACAAGCCAUGCCCAACCCCAUGGAAAGGGAGAAGAAGAUCCGGGUGUUCAGCCUCGACACAUUCCUCCACGAGUUGAUCAUGUACCAAAAAAGCGAAACGCCAACCCCGCCUCCCUUUGAAAUCUACUUCUGUUUCGGAGAAGACUGGCCAGACAAGAAGCCCAAGGAGAAGAAGCUAAUAAUUGUCCAGGUGGUUCCGGUGGUGGCUCGGAUCCUGACGGAGAUGUUCUCGGGCGAGCUGUCCUGGUCGACGGACAGCAUCCGUCUACAGAUCUCCAACCCUGACCUCAAGGACCAGACAGUGGAACGCUUCAAGGAGCUACACAGAUUGCUGCAGAGUCAGCACGUUCAGGCCCCAUGGAUUCCUCCCAGCCAACAGAUUGGUCACUAAACCCUCUCUGCAUCAUUCCCCACACCAGGACAGCAUCUCCUACUCUCCUUGCUGGAAAACAUCCAUACUGUUCCAUCUGCUGGCAGCUGGUCUAAACACAGCUGUGGUUCGGCUGUGCAGCCUUGGAUCUAGGCUGUUUACUAAAUGUACUUGUUAUUCUCUGAACUGUUUGAGUGUACAGCUUCAUGUUUGAAUUUAAUAAUGGAAGGAAAAAAAUAAAGUUUAAUAAAACUGA